GCCGCGUGGUCCCUGGACAGUGGUGGAUCCUCAAGGCUCCAUGCCGACGAGGCCGUCGCGGCCCACCCUCCAAAGGGCGAAGCAGCAGCUCCCCCAACAGCUCCGGCGGCACCAGCUGAACCGGCGGCACCAGCUCCCCCGGAAGCACCAGCGGAUCCAAGACUGGAGGAUCUGCAGAGGGUCAGAAAGCAAAGAAGGAAGGCCAAGAAGGCUGAAGAAAAAGCUCGUGCUAAGGAGCAGGAGUACAAGGCCAGAGUGAAGGAGCUGAAAGAAAGGGAGAAGCAAGUGCAAGAAAGGGAGAAAGAGCUCCGUCGCCGCCGAAGCAGGAGCUCAUCAGAUGAUAGCAGACGACGUUCCCCUCGCCCAAGACCUCCAGCUCCAAGCCCUGCAACAAGCAGCAAGCCGACGGGGGAAAGGGCUCGCUUGACUCCUGCCAAUGCCUGGUGCUGGUGCCCACGGCAUGGGGAACAGCUGUGCCGGAAGUGGGUGCUUUCCCAAUGGGCGCUGGUACAGCAUCUGAGGUCCAAGCACGGAGUCUCAGAAGAAGCAUCCAAGCGUGAAGCUGAAGAGGCCUGGACACGGCAGCUGCAGGAUCUGGAGCGAUCCCGGUCCCCUCGCUCUCCCGACCUGAGAAGGCCAGCUUCGCCAACAGGGCUGCCGCCGGAGCGGGAGCGGCGAUCCCCGUCCUCUGCGCCAUCUGUGGCUUACGUGCCUCCAGCAGCAGCGGUCGGCUUGGGUCGUGCUCAGGCCAAGGCAAAGGCAAGCGGCCCGGCGCUGGAGUUGCUCUCCUCCAUGUUCAACGUGGCGGACCGCAUCCUGUCGAGGGAGCCGUAG